AUGUUCCACACCGAUAUCUUAUCCGGUGAUUAUUUCCAAUCCAUUGUGCCUAUUUUUCUAGGCGUGAUUGGUGUUGGGACUGUUCUUCAUUCAUUCCGAUACCACCCGGGUACAUCUACUAAGGAUGCACUCUUUACACUGUUUCCUGUUUUUGUCGAGGUAUCAGAAAGGUUUGGCUGGAUUAAGACGCUUGGAAUCUUAAUCCCCAUUUCUUUUGGGAGUAUCGGCAUAAGCUUACUAGCUUGGGUAUCGACGGUUGCAUGUUUUCAGCGAAAGUUGAUCUUACAAUCCCAAGAAAAUCCUGAGAUCGAAAAGACUCUCUUGGGAAGACCACUCCUUUUCCCAUCCCGUCUUACCCACUCUCGCAUGUUUCCAGAGAAGUAUACUUACUGGAUCAACUACUUUCUUGUUGGUAUUCCUGUUGGGUUGCGUGGUCGUGUUGGAACCGUUUUAUCCAUCGAUAGUGAUGGUACGCAACAGAAUUCCUCAGCGAUAAUCUCCUGGGUAUUCAAAAAAUUACUCUGGUUCAGAGUUGAUACAAAUCUAUAUCUUCAUGGAGGAGAGGGUCAUAUGGGUCUAGCCAAAAAGCUUGAGAACUUUCUGGAAGAACAGGGCGAGGAUCCAAGUCAAUUUCCAUAUGCCUAUAUUGUGGGAAUCCCCAGAUUUCUCUGGUGGACGAAAAGUCCAAUUUCCUACUGGUAUCUCUACUCCCCCUCAAAAGAGCUGUGUGGCAUUAUCAUGGAGAUCAACAACUCAUAUGGCGAAAAAAAGAACGCCUUUACUCGACUUUAUCCAGAAGAAUCUUCUGUUUUUGAAAAACCCAAAAUUUCCGAAACAAUCAGCACUGUAUCAGGAAGAGGGCUGGAAGGCACUCAGCCUGUUCGGUUCAUGUCAUCCGCGCCUGGCGCUAAAUACUACAAGGGCAGCUGGGACAAGGAUAUUUUUGCCUCACCAUUUGAGAAAGUUGAAGGGUGGUUUUCUCUCCGAUUCGUUGAUCCCCUUGACCCAUCACCUGCCAAGGGGGGUCCCUUACACUCCAACAUGACCCUCAUGAGCACCACUGGCAAACCCAAAAUCUCCAGUCGCCUCUUUUCAUGCGCCCCACCCCUUGACCCUCUUUUGGCAUCUUUUUGGGAAGUAGUGGUUUUUCUUCUAAGUUGGUCAUUUACCGUCCCACUCUCCAUUGGCCGUAUUGUGGUGGAAGCACUCCGGAUUCGCUUCAGAGGAAAUUUGCCAUAUCUGAACAAACCGGAUGUGAAGCCAACCAACAUUCCACGCAAGGCAUCAGACACGGAAAAAACCUUGGAACCCUUCUUCCGGCUUUACCUCUCCCAGCUGAUUGACGAAUGUUCAUUUCCCUUGACGGUGAUCUACAUACCUGCCAAAUCCAUGCAGAUCCCUCCAAUUUCCAUGGAUUCCCCAAUCAAGACACCAACUUCGGCUCCACGGCCAACUCUGACGAUCCAACCUCUGACUCCCAAGUUCUACACAAAUAUUUUGAAGUACACGUGUGCUGUGUCGGGGUUUGCGGCUGAGAUGGAAAGUGAACCGCAGAUCUGUGAUCCUAUCUCUCAACGCUUAUGGACAUCCGACCCUAAGCUGUUUCAAAGUUUGAUAAACAGUGCCCGUAUUUCUUCUUUUUCGGAGAAAUCCCCCUCUCCAUCCGUACUCCCAUGGAAGCGGAGCACGGACAGAACCUUCAUGGACGAAUUUUCUGAAAAGAACUUCUCCGUCGGAAUGUAUAGGAGAUACCGGGCUGCACGGAUCAAUUGUAGUCUCACUGAAAGGUUUGCGUGGGGCUCAUACAAUGCAGCUGCAGUGCAUUCUUUUUUCCUGCGGCUGGCGUUCAUGUGGCUUGCCCUUCGAGCAUUGGUAUGGAGUCUGUAUGGAUCUUCAGCAGUGGGCCUUGAGCACGUUGCAAUUGCGUCAGGAAUAGAGUUUUUGGGCGUUAGAUGGUGGGCAGCGUUGAGUGAGUGGUUCUAUCGAUAG